CGCGCUCGCGCUGGUCAUUGUGUUUUUUUUCUAUUAGCAGGAGAGAAGCGGGGCCUUGGCUGGAUAACGGAGCGGGCGGCCAGCUGGAUAACGGCCAAUAAAAACCAUGGCGGACGAACAGGAAAUAAUGUGCAAACUGGAGAAUAUCUUGGAAAUACGAAACAAGACUCUCCAGAUGCAGAAGAUCAAGUCUCGUUUAAAGAUGGAGUUUGAGGCUCUGGAGUCUGAGGAGAAGCAUUUAAAAGAAUACAAACAAGAAAUGGAUCUCCUUCUGCAAGAGAAAAUGGCCCAUGUUGAAGAGCUGCGCCUCAUCCAUGCAGAUAUUAAUGUGAUGGAAAGCACCAUAAAGCAGUCUGAGAACGACCUGAAUAAACUGCUUGAAACAACUCGCCGUCUCCAUGAUGAGUACAAGCCUCUAAAGGAGCACGUCGAUGCACUCAGGAUGACUCUAGGUCUGCACAGACUCCCAAACUUGAACGAAGAGGAGGAGAAGCUCUCUCUGGAUUACUUUGAGAAGCAGAAGGCAGAGUGGCAGAAGGAGCCACAUGAGCCCGCCAUCCCAGAGUCACUAGCUGCGGCGGCGGCGGCGGCACAGCAGCUUCAGGUGUCCAGGAAGCAAGACGCCCGGCAGACGGCCACCUUCAGGCAGCAGCCGCCACCCAUGAAGGCGUGCCUGUCCUGCCACCAGCAGAUUCACCGCAACGCUCCCAUAUGUCCGCUCUGCAAGGCCAAGAGCCGCUCCCGCAACCCAAAGAAGCCCAAGAGGAAGCCCGAUGAGUAGAUCUUCUCACACCUUCAUCUUCUCUGGAGGGUUCAAAGUGCUCCCAUCCACUGAUCUUGGAUCAUCCAGGUUUAUUUCUCCACAUGACUGAAAUAAAAAGCUCUGAGCUUCCAGGCGGCUUCAGCAAACUCUCUGUUUUAGUCAAUUGUUUUAGCAGAUAAUUCUGAUAUAGUGAUAAGUUGUGUGUCUGUCCUCCUUUCUGAUCCGUUAACUAUAUAAAUAUAACUGUAUGACUUCCAUUGUAUAUUAGUAGCCUCUGAAUAGUGUUUCCAAAGUGAACUUGUCCAAAUAAUGUUGUUUGCCUUUUAUUAUCUUGUUCUAAUGGUUUUUGCAGUGCAUGCUGGGACUGUUGUGUAUUUGUGCCAAUAAAAAGUAAAAGUACAUUGUUUUAAUCUCUAAGCUAAAAACAGCUUCACAGUUGUUUUAUGUUUAAAGGGAUGAAAAUGAGAGGAAAAAAGCUGUUAACGUGUUUAACUUUAAUACAGUGAACAAAAAAUAAA